ACGUCACCAGUGUCCAUGUCCCGUGCACCUGUUGAAUCAGGAUCAGGUGUAGUGUCACCUGUACGUGUGUUCACACACCAGCGGUCUAACCAUUCCCCCUCACUCUCUGCUCUUUGUGCUUCAGUCUGAGAGCAGCUGAUUGAGCACCUGCGGGAUAUUUGUGGACUAAUAGUGAAAUCCAGUUCGUACGAGGUUUUUGUGCUCUCCGGACUUCCGUCAGACGGCGACAUUUCCCCCAUAUGCUACCCUGAGGCCUCAGUCCAGCGUCAGGGAACAGCAGAAACAGACACCAGAGGAGGGUCUGGGCCAAGUGUUGUCCCUAUGGAGAGCACCCCGUCCUGGACCAGUGGUCCCAUUGAGGAAGGGCCAUACCGAGAGCGCUCUGUCGACCCCGUGGAGAUUGAGAUCCAGCAUUUCGGAGUGAGACACAAAGUCAACAAGGAUGCCAAUGGAAAUACGACCGGGCCGGAGACCGUAAGCUUUCUCCCGGUCAAAGAGGAGCCCGUCUUGGGGACGUGUAUGUGCGGACCGUGUGCUUCUGUGAGAAGCUGCAGGAGGCUCUUCUGCAGUGUUUUGACAUGUGGACUGUACCGCGUGUGCCAGCGCUUGCCUUGUCUCGUUUCGAGCGAAAGCUCAGCUCCCAAAGCGCCGGUGGAGACCCAGUCAAGUCCUUCACAGACAGAGAACGGCUUCUAUCCUGACGUCUGCAUUGGGGGCGUCAAGGUGGACACAUCCGUCAUUGAAGAAGAUGAGGAGCAUGCAUCAUUUUCCACUUCCAAAUUCGAGAUGGACAGUCCGAGUUACUUCAGUAGUUUACCAGAGGAUGACUUACUCAACAGCAGCGGGAUGGAAGACGUGGACAAACUCAUCACCCGGAAGCUCAUGGAGGUCUUCUCUGAGUUUGAGAUCAACGAGCUGGCCAAGUGCACCACGGACUCCAUGUUCCUGCGGUGUUCCCGGGAGAUCAGUCAGCUGAUCUCGGAUAUUGUGGAGGAGCACAGCAUGGAGGAGCAGGAGGCCGAGUGCCGGCUGGUGCGAGAGAUCAUUCGCAUCAGCACACGCAAGAGUAAGAAGAAGCCAGCGGUCAGGCCCCAGGAGCUGCAGCGGGACAGCGGCAAUGACACCUGGGACAGCAAGAAGAGCAGCUUCAACUCCACGAGCGAUGGAAAGUUGCAGAUUUCAAUGGAGAGGUCUGAUGACAUCGAAGCCAGGAAGUUACGCAACAACAGUAGCCAGUCGUUCUCUCCGAGUUUGCAGGAAACCGGUGUGCGGAUCACAUCGGACACUCCUUUACUCCCCGGCAGCAUCCGGACGUGAGCGUGUCCCGUCAGACAUGCAUCAUCUUCACUUCCACACCUCCAUAAAUGAUGAAGAACAGGUCCUCUGGCUCAGAGCCAGUGCCUGAUUUUGAAGUUUACCCCUAAAAAUUGUGAUUUCAUGGGUAGUUUUUUAACAUGUCUGAAGUGGUAGGUGUAUUUAUGCUUCUAUUUCAUAUUUUCUUGUGAUGGAUGUGUGAAGUAUCUCAACGCUGCGCUAUCUUGAAGACGCAAGCCAACAAGUGACUCGCUGAGAAUGAAGAAUGAGAAACAGCCUGACCUCUUUAUUGCCAACUGAUGCACAUAUACUGUAGGAGCAGUAUAUAGGCCCGAUUCUUUCAUAAUGAUUCAACUUUCCAUUCAUCACUGCCUUUUCAAGAGUUAUUUCAUCCGAAGAUGCAAAUUCUGUCAUUUAUGAACUCUCAUGACAUUCCAAAAUCAUAUAGUUUUCCUUCUUUCAUAAAACACAAUGGUGAAUUGGUGAGGAAUAUGCUGGCCACUCUUCACUAUAUUGAAACUCUCACAAAAAAGCAUUGUUUGUUCACAAUGCAAAAUGCAAAACACAAUGGUUUUUGAAGACUUGCGAUAUAGCGAAUAGACUACCUUUACGGUGAUUUAGUGGCAUUCCCAAAGAUUGCCCAGAAAUUCAGCUUUGUGUUGCACAGAAGAAACUAAGGGUGUGCAAAAGUGAGGGUUAAUAAUUAAAUUUUUUUACAUUUGUAUAGCAAGAUGAUGAAUGUAUUGGUCAAAUGUUGGCUCUUCAGUGAAAGUUGGGCUGUGUGAUGUUUGCUGGACCAAAUGAAUGAGGAAGAGUUUUAAACAGACCUUUCUCUGUGCUUAUUUAAACGUCCAUAGAAACAACAUAUGCAAAAUCUAGGACAGCAUCUGAUUAAUGCUUGAUUUUCAAUGUAUAUUUUAAUGUAUAUUUCACUGUUGCAAGAGUAAUAUGUUGUUUGUAAAAUUCUUCUCUUAUGUGAGACUGCUAGGUAUGCUUUAAUAUUAAUAAUAAAAUCUCUGUUGCUUGGUAAA